UCGUGUUCAGUCGUUUAUUGAUUUGAGCCGGAUAAAUUUUUAAAAUCAGUUUAUAAAUAUUUCAUUUUUUUUUUCUAAUAAAAUAAAAAAAUAAAAUUAUUUAAUUUUACCUAAUUCUUAAUUUAUGUUAAUAUUUGAAUUUUUAAAUAAUAUUAUUUAAUAGUAAACAAAUAAAGCAAGUGAAUUUUGAAUAGCGUUGUUGAUUUAGCAACAAAUUAAAAUUGUUUUGUUCUAUUUAAUUAAACAAAUAAAGGAUUUUAAUCAUCAGAUCGACUCCAAUCUGAUGUUUAAAUGCUGAGUUUAGAACUUCAAUAAUUCCUGUGGGUACUUAUACUUGUGAAGCGUAAAUUUUAAGGAGAAAGUAAAGAAGUUAGUUACUUGAUAUUUUGGCUCAAUUUUCCAAAAUAAACGUAAUUUUGAUACAACAGAAAAAAAAACACGUGUUAAAGAGAAUUUGCAAUUUUUUCUAAUCAAAUUUAAAAUUCAAAUUAUAAGAAUUCAACCAAUAUCGAUUAUCUCUAAUUAGAAAAAUAGUAAUUUAAAACAAAAUGUCUAAAAAAUAUAUUGAAGAUUAUAAACCAUGUGUUAAAUUUGAUGAAAAACAAUUACCAUAUAUGGAAUUAGGUGAUGGUUCUGUUGUAAGAUUAGAACGUUAUGUUGAACCAGAUGAAAAAACUAAAGAAAAAGCAAAACGUGAAUUAAGAGAAACCGAUGAUGUUAAAGAGAAAGCAAUGAAUGAAUUAAGAGCAUUAAUUGCAAAGGAAAAUGGUUUACAUUUACCAACUGAUGAAGAAUAUAUGGUUAUGUUUUUACGACCAUGUAAAUUUUAUCCGGAUUCUUGUAUGAAAAGGAUUAAAAAUUUUUAUAAUCUUAAAUAUAAAUAUGGAAUUGUAUGCGAUGAAAUUACACCAAAUAAUUGUAGACAAGUAUUUGAAAAAGAAUUAAUUUCUUUGAUACCAUAUCGUGAUCCAGAAGGUCGUAGAGUUAUGUUUAUUGAAGCUGGAAAAAAAUGGAAACCAUCACAAGUACCAUUAGAAGAAAUAUUUAAAGCAGUACAAUUAUUAGUAUUAGCAUCAAUGGCUGAACCGAUGACACAAAUAAAUGGUGCUGUUGUUGUUAUUGAUAUGUUAGAUUUACCAUUAAGUCAUGUUGUACAAUUUACACCACAUUUUGCCGCAAUGAUAUUAGAAUAUGUACAAGAUUGUAUAUUAAUGAGAUUAAAAGCUGUUCAUAUUGUUAAUAAUUCAUAUAUAUUUAAUAUGAUAUUUGCUAUAUUUAAACCAUUUAUUAGAGAAAAAUUAAGGAAAAGAAUUUUCUUUCAUGGUAAAGAUAUGAAAUCAUUCCAUAAACAUAUACCACGUGAUAUUUUACCACCAAAAUAUGAUGGUACUUUUGAUGUUCCAUUACCACCUGGUAAAAUUGCUGCUGAAAUGUUUGAUGCAUACAAAAAAGAAUUUGAUCUUAUAAACACAUAUGGUUAUGCUGAAGACAGAAAAAAAUUGAAAAGCUAAUAAAAUUUAAACGGAAGAACGAUUAGAACAAACAAAAACAAAAAAAACUCGUACUUAUUUUAUUGUAAUUAAUUAUUUUUUAAAUAUUUGUAUUUUUAAAAUCAAUUUAAAUAAUAUUGUUAUAUAAAAAAAAAUAUUCACUUACUUGCCAAAAUUAAAUUAAAAACAAAAACAAAAAAAAAAACUUUGAAACAUUCUUACAUUUGAUGAAAUUUCUCAAAAAUUGAAAUAUGUGAUCUUAAAUAAUUUGAAACAAAAAAACAAAUGCAUAAUUUUAAAAUUUCUUAUUAGAAAAUAAAAAAAUAUUUCUCUUCUUAUAUGAACUGGUUUUUUUUGAAAGUGGUAUAAGUCCAUUUCUUUAUGUAUUCAGAUAUUAAUCGGCUUGCGUUUGAAUUUAAAAAUUCUGGCCAUAAUAACAUAAUUUGUUAGUUUUAUGUUUACAUAGAACUGAGAGAAGUUGUCUAUAACUCACUAAAAUUACCAUUAACUUAGCCUUUUUAAAAAGUGGACUUAUACCACUUUCAAAAAAAAACCAGUUCAUAUAUUAUUAUAAUAUUAUAUAAUAUUGUAUAUAUAAAUAUUUUCUAAUUUAUAUAUAUAUUUUUUUUUUCCUGGUACUGAUUGUCAUUAUUAUAUUUAAUUUUGUUUUUUUUUUCUAUUUACUAUAAUUUAAUAUUUAAUUUACUUAUGUAUAUAUAAUUGUGUUUUGUCUCUUUGGUGAAGUUGUAUAUAAUAAAAUUAUUAUAUAAAAACAAUUUUUUUUUUUUUAAAGUAAUAAUAUGUAUAUGUAUUUAUUAUUAUAAACAAUUUGAAUUUAUGAAAUAUUGUACAAAUGUUUAGGAUUUUUUGCAAUUUAAUUUAUUAAUUUGGAGAAAAUUAUGGUUAAAAAUAUGUUAAGAAUUUUGUAAUGAUGUUAUAUAAUAGAGCUUAUUGUGAGUACUUAAAAAACUUUUAUACACGAAUAAUUUAUGUGAAUAUUGUUAUACAAUAACAAAUAUAUUUUGUUUACAAUAAUAAUAUGGAACUUUUUAUAAAAAUAUUAUCACUAUCACUUAGUGAUUUAAUACUCAAAAUAAGCUCCAAUUUUUCAAAUUCAAUUCAAAAAUUUUA